CACCAUAUCCAUCCAUCUUCUUCUUCUUCUUCUCCGUCUCUCACAGCAGAUGGACUCUGCAGCGCCACCCGGCCUCUCUCUGGUCUCAGUCUUGUCUCUGUUAGCAUGUAGCAUCCAGGUGUUAGCAGCCGCCCUGCUGACAUGCAGGUAUGGCAGGGGGAGCUCUGCAGGGGACAGGUUGGUCCUGCUGUGGCUCUUCUAUGAUGUCAUUGUCCACCUGACAUUGGAAGGUCCUUUUGUCUACAUGUCUCUGGUGGGGACAGUGGAGACGUCUGACGGGCCGCUGGCUGAACUCUGGAAGGAGUACGGUAAAGCUGACGGUCGCUGGUUGAUUUCUGAUCCGACGAUCGUCUCGAUAGAAAUUCUGACAGUCGUGCUCGACUCUGUCCUCGCCCUGCUGCUCAUACAUGCAGUACUGAAGGACAAGUACUACAGGCACUUCCUGCAGAUCGCUCUGAGCGUGUGCGAGCUCUGCGGUGGCUGGAUGACCUUCUGUCCUGAUUGGCUGGUUGGCAGUCCCAACCUGAACACGUCCAGCUGGCUCUACCUGUGGGUCUACCUUGUCUUCUUUAAUGGGGUCUGGGUCCUGGUCCCAGCUCUGCUGUUGGCCCAGUCCUGGUUCUCUCUCAGGAGAAUGCACGCGGUCAGACCAGACGACGACGUGACGAGGAAGAAGAUGUAGAGACAACGAUGUUCGUUAAUAAUGUUAACCAAUCAGUUGGCCACCAAUCAACAUAACUGAU